CGACAGCCAGCAGCGGAGAGAGCGAGCAAAAGUUUCCCAAAUGGAGUUCUUUGGUGGAGUCAGACAUUUAUUAUUUUCAUAUGUACUUAUCAACGGCAUAUUCAUUACAUUACAGACUAAAGAAGAGGUGCUUCUGGACAUGAGGGCAACAGGAGGUGAACUGGGCUGGCUGACAUGGCCCUUAGAUCAGGGGGACAAGCCUGGGUGGGAGGUCGUCCAGAGGACUCUGAAUGGCUCUCAGUUCUACACCUACUCUGUCUGCAACGUUGGAGAGCGUGAGCAGGACAACUGGCUGCGCACCACCUUCAUCCAGCGGCGUCCGUCCGCCUCGCGGGUUUUUGUGGAACUUCAGUUUAUCGUACGCGACUGCAACUCGUUCGAUGGAGCCUCGCUGACCUGCAAGGAAACCUUCAACCUCUUCACGUCUGAGUCGGACGCAGAUGUGGGCACCACCUUCCGCAAGGGCCAGUUUAAAAAGGUGGCCACCAUCGCCCCGGAUGAGAUCACCAGCAAAAAUGAGCUGCGCAUCAACAAGGAGACGCGGGUCGUGGAGAACCUGUCUCGAAAAGGCUUCUACUUGGCCUUCCAGGACAUCGGAGCCUGCGUCGCUCUCCUCUCCGUCAGGGUCUAUUAUAAAACGUGCCCGGCCACAGUGAAGAGCCUUGCGUUGUUCCCUGAGACCGUGGCUGGAGGAGAGAAUGGAGGGCUGCUGAAGGUGACCGGGGUGUGCGUGGAUAACGCCGUCAGCAAGGAGCUGCCUUGCAUCUACUGCACCCUGGACGGGGAGUGGGUGGUGCCGGUCGGGCAGUGCCAGUGCAAACCUGGCUACGAAGAGGCUGAAGACGGUUGUCAAGAAUGUCAGCCUGGCUUCUUUAAAGCUGAAGCAUCUGCUAGCAAGUGCGAGCCGUGUCCUGCCAACACACAGAGACUGGGCGCCGGGGCUUUGUUUUGUCCCUGCAUGGAUGGCUUCUACCGGGCCCCAACUGACCCGCCCACAGGAAACUGCUCAGGCCUUCCCUCUGCCCCGCGGGAUCUGGUGGCCACCACCACUCAGCUCUCUGCAGGAAAGCUGCUGCUGUCCUGGAGCCCACCUGAAGACACCGGAGGCCGAACUGACAUUACCUACAAUGUUGAAUGCCAGCGCUGCGAGGGCCUCGUGUGCCAGCCCUGUGGAGAGAAAAUCCGCUACGAGCCAGCCAGCAUGCGCCUGACGGACACCAAGGUUUCAGUGAGCGAGCUGGACGCUCACCUCAACUACACUUUCACUGUGGAGGCUCAGAGCGGCGUGUCGCUGCCGGCUACCCAGGCAAUGCCCCGGGCUCACAGGCCGUCCUCCUCCAGCACUCUGACUACGUCGCUACACUACACAGAGCCUCCCAAAAUCACCACCAUGCGGCUGGUGGAAAGGUCCUCGUUCAGCUUGUCUCUUUCCUGGGAUGUGUCCCCCCGACCACGGGCCCAGUCCAGACCCAUCCGCUAUGAACUCACCUACCGGAAGAAGGAUGAUAACCUGGACGUGACGACCUACACUGUGCUCAUACUGGAGAAGAACUCUGUGCAGAUCAGCGAUCUGGCCUCGGGCACCGCCUACCUGUUCAGGGUGCAGGCCCUCAGCAGCGACGGCAGCCCUGGAGGCUCCAGCAUGGAGGAGCAGUUCGAGACCUUGUCUGAAGGCCACAGCAACACAGCAUUAUACUUGGGUGUAGCAGUUGGAGGAGCAGCCAUGUUGUUCGUCGUGGUCGUGGUCCUGUUCCUGCGCAGACGGAAGAGAAGCUCUCACACCAGGCAGGGACCAGAGGACACCUACUUCUCCAGCCCAGAACAACUGAAGCCGCUGAAAACCUACGUGGAUCCACACACGUACGAGGACCCCAACAUAGCCGUCCUGAAGUUUGCCACUGAAAUCCAUCCCAGCCACAUAACCAAACAGAAAGUCAUUGGAGCUGGGGAGUUCGGUGAGGUGUACCGUGGUAUUCUGAAGGUGCCGGGCAGGAAGGAGGUGGCCGUGGCGAUCAAGACGCUGAAGCCCGGCUACACAGAGAAACAGAGGCAGGAUUUUCUGAGCGAGGCCUCCAUCAUGGGCCAGUUCUCCCACCAGAACAUCAUCCGUCUAGAGGGGGUGGUCACCAAAUUUAAACAUGCGAUGAUCGUGACCGAAUACAUGGAGAACGGAGCUCUGGAUCGGUACCUCAGGGACCAUGAUGGGGAGUUUUCCUCCUUCCAGUUGGUGGGCAUGCUGCGCGGCAUCGCUGCAGGCAUGAAGUACCUCUCUGACAUGAGCUACGUCCACCGUGACCUGGCUGCUCGCAACAUCCUGGUCAACAACACCCUCGAGUGUAAAGUGUCGGACUUCGGCCUUUCACGAGUGCUGGAGGACGAUCCUGAGGGGACGUACACCACCAGUGGAGGUAAGAUUCCCAUCCGCUGGACAGCUCCAGAGGCCAUAGCGUACAGGAAGUUCACCUCAGCGAGCGAUGUGUGGAGUUUCGGCAUCGUCAUGUGGGAGGUCAUGGCUUUUGGCGAGCGACCUUACUGGGACAUGAGCAACCACGAGGUGAUGAAGGCCAUCAACGAGGCGUUCAGGCUGCCCGCCCCCAUGGACUGUCCCUCCGCUGUCUACCAGCUCAUGCUGCAGUGCUGGCUCCAGGAUCGCUCCAAGAGGCCACGCUUCGGAGACAUCGUCAGCCUGCUGGACAAGUUGCUGCGGAGCCCAGACUCCCUGAAGACCAUCGCAGACUUUGACCCGCGUGUAUCCAUCCGCCUGCCCAGCACCAGUGGCUCGGAUGGGUCUCCGUUCAGGUCGGUGUCCGAGUGGCUGGAGUCGAUCAAGAUGAGCCAGUACAGCGAGAACUUCAGCUGCGCCGGGAUCAUCACCAUGGACCAGGUCCUGCAGAUGAAGAACGAGGAUAUUAAGAACAUCGGGGUGAGGCUGCCCGGCCAUUUGAAAAGAAUCGCCUACAGCAUCCUGGGUUUAAAGGACCAGACCAGCACCCUGAGCGUGUUUGCAGUGUGAUCUGUGCAGUUGGGGGGAAUUCAAAUCAGACACUGCAGCCCUUUGAACUCUACGCUGAGCUGGAGCAAUGCUGCGGGGACGGCUUUGGGUCAGCAGAACCAAGAGAACUUCGCCAUCCUGUUGGGCCGACUGAAUCAGACUGACUUACUGUACAUUUUUUGAUUUCUUCAUCUUAUCCAUAGGGAAUGGAGCAAAUACACACCAAUAGAUGUAUCGAGUAGAUUCAGUAUAUUUAAAUAUGUAUUUUUAUUAUCCAUGUCUUCUGUACAGAUACAAUCAAUUGCUCGUGCGUUUAUUUUUUUAAUCUUCCAUUCCUGCUUCAUAAAAAUCAACAAUCAGUUCACCUCUGGGAAUGGCUUCAGCUUUACAGGAAACAAAGAAAACAGAAACUCCCCCAGAGCUCGUUGCAUCCAAACAAACAGAAGUCCAGCCUCGGCUCAGUUUGUGGUUGGCGCUGAUGUCACAGAGUCUCUCUUUAUUUGGCACUUUGCUCCAUUUCCUCUUGAGGACGGAGCAUCGGGACGGGCUGAGAUGAGCUUGAGCUGGCCCGGAGUUAAAGAGACGGUGCUGCUUAGGUGUAUGAACGGACCUGGUGUUGUUACCGGCCUCCUGCCGGCUCGGUGCAGAAAUUAAGCUAUAAUCCUAGAAGUGAUGUUUAUUUGAUUUAAAAAGAAGAGAGGACAUAAAGUAUAUGAGGUACUGUUGUUGUACAGAUUCACUUUGUUUUCUUGUUUAUGGGCGAUUACCAAAAAAAAACAUUGGGGACUUGUGAUGUAGCACUUGGAUCAAGAAUCGGGUGAUCUUGAUUUCGUUUCAGAGUUUUGUGAAAAAGGGGCGAUUACACUCACCGUGGUGUCAAACUGGGAGAUUGUUUAACAGAGUAGAAGGCAGUGCGGCUGUCGGUAGCGUGCCGGCAACCACGAGGGAAGAGAAAAAUGCACAUACAUGGGAAAAAACAAAACAAAGAGAUGCUAUGAUGAGUUGUUGUGGUUGAUGAUUUCAUACUAAUAAUAGUUUGGUUUGCAAUUUCAAUGUCUCAUUUUGUAAAAGCUUUACAAACUUCACUUUUCUGUGGGUUUGAGUGCCGCGCUGAAGCUACGACGACUAAGAGCUCGACUCAUUCCAGAACGUUUAAAGUGCCUCCGUGUGUGAUGUUAACGAGGGUUUGCUUAACGAAGCGGCUCUCCGAUGGUGACUAGUGUAAAGUGGACUGCGUCCCCCAGCGCUCUUAAUUGAUGACUGCAAAUCAUUGUGUUACUGACAUACACCUUCCUUUACUUGAAUUUUGACUGUAUUUUUCAGAUGUAAUGAUUCUGUUGUAGCAGGUAGACCCAUCUUUGGAAAAGGGAAUUUUUUUUGUUAUUGCUCUGGUUUACUGGUUGCAGUUACUUCUUUUGUACAUUUUGUAUGAUUUCACUAUUUACCAUAUUGCCAAACGGAUUAUUUUUCUAAGUUCCCAACACUCUCCAAAGCUCCUACUUCUGCUGCCUUUCUAAACACGUUGUUCCUUCAUCAAAGAGCAAACUCCUUCCAUUGCAAUUCCUUCCUGUUUGCCUGUUGUUUUAUACUGUAUUUAAUAGUCUAUUUAUUUUGAACUUUUAUUUAUUCAUACUGAUAAACACUUAGCUGGGUUUAUAAUUAGAGGUUGCGCUCUCUCAUUUUUAAUAAAACAACAACAAAAAAAAGCUUGAAUGUUCUUUUUUAUUCUUGAAUCACCUGAGAUUGCCUUCUUCAUUGCAUAUGUGGAGCAAUAAAGUCUUAAAACUGA